UGCAACCAACCAACCAAUCCUCCAUCCUCCCAGGUGCGAGAGCUUCGUAAGAAGGCGGAGGCCUACAGACAGAGGGCGUGGGGGACCCAUUUCUCCCGCCUCCACCUCAACCAGAUCCUGUCGGACCAGAACAGCUGUGGGAGGCCUCCACCCCUUCCUCCUCUAACCUCAGCUCUGGGACAGGUUCUGGGGACGGGGAGGAAGACAGGAGUCCUACCCCCCAGGCUCUGGAGCUCGCUAGGGUUGACAAAGGAGCUCCACCCGGGGGGCUGGGGACACAGCAGACCCCCUGGUCACCCUAACCCUGGAGCCCUUAACCUACCUGUUCAGAGGAGACUAGCCUGGGAGGAGGAGACAGGGGCUGGGGGUGGAACGGGGGAGGAGAGAGAGGAAGAGGAGGACAAGGAGAGAAGGGAUGAGAGAAAGGAGAGAAAGGAUGAACUGAGGGUGCUGGACCAUCGUUCGUCGUCUGUAGCAGGCUCCCACAGGUCCAGAGAGGGUGGCAGGAUGCCCACACCCACACUGCAAAGGAUCGCUACUGUUCAGAGAACUCACCACGACCUGACGACUCCAGCCACUGGAGGUGCUAUCCUGGUGUCUCCUCCUAAGAUGGAGGCUAACGGUUGGGCGAAGAGAAGUGAACCUCCAUUGGGUAAAACCCGUUCCCCAUUUAAACCCCUCUCUCUGGCCUCGCCACAACGAGCAGCCAGACAGAAUGAGGAGCGGAACCAUCCCCAGUCCUCUCCUGCAGCAGGGGUGACUACUGUGGACCCCCUCCCCCUGAGAGAGGACUCCUGGUCGGGGGAGACCUCUCCGGAGAACCCCCCUGAUCCUCCACCGGAGGCCAAACCCUCCCGUAAACGCACUACCAGCGGACAACCCGACGCCACCGUCCCUGUUAACCGCAUCCAGGGGACGCUCAGAGACCCAGAGUUCCAACAUAACGGUAAUUUAGGCCUGAGGACGUCUGAGCUGCUGCUGUGUCCUGGUGGUGGCUGUGGAACUGAUAAUGAAGAUGACAGGAUGUCCCAGAUCUCAUCCAGGUCAGCAGCGUCCUGCUCUAUGGCCUCCCAGGUCCUGGACCGAGCCCAGAGGAGGAAGGACCACUUCUGGGGGAAGAGAUAACAGGAAGCACUGCCCCCCCCUCACAGUGCAUUCCAAAUGGAACCCUAUUCCCUAUGUAGUGCACUACUGUUAAGAGGAGGAAGAAUGACUUCUGGGGGAAGAGAUAACAGGAAGCACUGACCCCCCCCCCCCCCCUCACAAUG